UUAACUUCCGGGUUAUGCGAGUGCUAACCGGAGCAAUGACAUUGUACCAAACAGAAGAAGUCAAGUCGCCGAGCGGCUUACAUGUUGUUACUUCAGGUCCUCUGAACGCUUGAAUUAGCAACAACGUCGCUGUCAACAUGUCUUCCGCCACCACGGGCUUCACGGGGGAGCGGCAGCACGCGCGAGCGCAGUCGCCAGUGGGCGUGGAGUACGUCCCCACGGAGGAAGAGAAGAGGGUGUUCAGAGAGUGCAACAACGAGAGCUUCUGGUACAGAUCUGUGCCCUUCUCCGUGGUCGGCGUGACUGUCACUCAAGUCCUAGUCGCCAAAGGGAUUCUGUCUGCGUCUCCGAGGUUCGGAUCUCUACCCAAAGUUGCCUUUGCUGGCUUCUGUGGUUACUUGGCGGGGAAAAUGUCGUACAUGAAGACGUGCCAGGAGAAGUUCAAGAGGCUGGAUAACUCUCCUCUGGGAGAGGCCCUCAGACAGAGGACAGGAAUGUCGCCGCAAUCUCCCACUGCUCCUCAGUCAGAGAUGAGUGAUCCAGACACCGCGUCAUUUGACACUAUGUUCCAGCAAGCGGAUGCCCCGGUCCACGCGACUCCCAACAACAGAGACGAUGGGUAUGGCUUCAACGCCCCGAUGGGCAAAGCGGAUGACUUUGCCGCGCCAGCGGAAGAAGGGGAACCCAGGAGGAAGGCCACCCUCUAUGAGAACUUGAGGCUCAAGAACCGAGAAAACUACGAGGUGACGCUCAAUCAGAAGGCCGACACGCUGCUCAAAGCGUCCCCCGAGAAGGAACCAGCGAGAUACACUAAAGAUGUGAAGAAAAACAUCUAUGGAGACUCCUGGGAGGAAUGAGUGCCUAUUUUAAAUGAUCAUAUGAUCUCUACAAUGGGCAGGCCAGUGGCUGUAUUGCACCUGUGUGAAUCAAGUCUCAUGAUGUUCUACCCGUCUGUGAUGUAUGUACUUGCUAAAGAGUCGAUUAAACCAAAUUAUCUGAGAAUUAAAUUAGUUUCUCUGUGCUUUGAGUCUGCAUUUCCAUUGCAAUAUUUUCCAGCUUGGGUAUAAACACACCUGAUUACAUACAGAGGGGAGAGUAGAUUUAGGAUCCUUUGACACGGUCAUUUUUUUGUGCGAAAAAAAGCACAGUAUUUGAAUGUUUUAAUUUGUCUGGAAGUUUAUUCUAAUAAAUUGAAAUACAUGAUUAGUGGGAUUUUUGUGAUUCAUAACUUUUGCAGCUAUUUUGUAUCCAUUCCGCAGGGUUAUAUUAACUCAAAAGAAAAUGCCCUUCUACGUCAACAUUUAAAUGAGUUGUGCAUGUACCAUUAUUGGAAAUGUCUUGAGAUACAGCCUAAAAUGCUGGAUUGUUUAUCGGCAAUAAAUAGUUCUAUACACUGAU